UGCUUCAUUAGAGCUACAGGAAACAAAAAUAAGAAAGUUUAUGUAAAGUUUCAGGAUGUGACACGUAUAAGACGUUAUGUCCCGUUCAUUCAACAAGUUCAAGAUUUCAUAUUGCUUAUCAGCACACAUACAGUGUUCUUCUACUGACCAAAGACUAGAUGGGGAAUGUUAAAUCCACAGAGUGUAAUCAAAAUAGCAAUUCUUCAGCUUCAUACACAAACUCUGCCAGAGAACUCCUUCACGCUCAGCUUCGCAUUCGAGCAUGGUCACCUAAUUAUCCUUUGUUCAGGGACAGUGGCGCUGACAACAGCAAUAAUAACAUAGUGGUCAGGGUGUCGCCUCUCUAUAGUGAGGAGGAGGAAGAAGUAGUUGAGGAGGAGGAUGAGAAGGAGGAAAGAAACGUGUACCUUGUUAAUCCUCAUGCUGUUGGAUUCCUACGGAAUUUGGCAAUCCAGAAUAAGAAUAAAAACAACAGAGACCUGAACCUGGGCAAUUCACAGGAUGACCAUGGGUAUUCACUGAACAACCCUGAAGCAAGUGCACAUUCACACUAUAACCACCAAGUUUCACAGCAAAGGUGUUACGGGGAAGAAUCUGCUGCAUUUUCCCUUUUGGAGAAUCAAAAUGACUUGCAUUAUCCAAUAGCUUUGGCCCAACAUGGUGAUGCAAAUAAUCCCAUUGAGGCCAACUCUCCUGCAGGAGAUCGAGGCAUUUUAGAAAGGAACCGUGUUCCAUUGUCUAAUACAAGAAGGAGAACACCUUUAUGGGAAAUAUAUCCGGAAAUGAUUGAGAAUAGAGCAUACAGAACAAACAAUGCACUGGCCAAUAAUUACGGUGCUUUGCUUUUAAACCAUCAUAACCAAUUCCAAAUUCUUCCAGACCGAAUAGGUUUGUCAGAUCAGGUAUCCGCAUCCCCACUGCUGAACAGUUUCAGAGGAAAUAUAUUUGAAAUCACCACUGAUUAUUCAAGGAUUAACCAGUCACUGGAGUUAGACGCCCCUCCAGCCUACGAGGACCUCUUUGCCUCGCAGUCGCACCAUUCACAGCUUCCACACAUUCCAGGCAGACAUGUGCCUGCAAUAAGUUCUCACCCAGAUGCAGCAGGUAUGCACCCACAUACUCACCCACUUUCCACAGGAGUGCACCCACAUACUCACCCACUUUCCACAGGAGUGCACCCACAUACUCAUCCACUUUCCACAGGAGUGCACCCGCCUGCCGUGAGCAUAAACCCAGGUUCAAACCCAGCUGCUGUCAUACACCCUCCACCUCUGCCGCCUUCCUACAACACAGUGUUAAGGCAAUUUGGACCUGUUGAUACUGGUGUUGUCAAUGUGAUGGAACAUAGGGGAGACUUAAGCCAGGUGGUUGGAAGUUCAGAGGAAGCAUGCAGUGAAAACAGUUCAUUUGGUCACCAAGUUGGAUUUGGCAAUUUCAGCACAGUAUUUGAUGCUGAAACGAGCCAAGUGAUAUACUGAUUUUUUGUUUGCACCAAUUAAGGAGGGCAACUUUCAUGUUAAAAGAAGAAAAGCUGGAGCAAUUGUUUUUUACUAUUUGAAGUGGUUAUGUAGAUGCUCAUAUAUCCAAGAAAUGGAUUUUUUUUCUGAAAUUUUGCCAGUUUUCUCAUAAAUGCCAAGGCAUACCUGACAAAAAUUCUUUGAGUAAACAAAGAUUGAGCAAUAGGUUUUUUGACAUCAAUUUUUAGGGAAAAAAUGGUUAAUUUUUUUCAUUUCUGCUAUUAAAAGCUUUAAAUAUAAGUUAUGAGAUGCAGUUUGCCUUGUAGUUCAAAGGUCAGUUUUGCUGAAAGUCAAAAAUGAAAACUUUUUUAUUUUGGCAUGAGUGCAUAUUGUCAAAAUUUUCAAUUUUUUUAAUGAAAUAGGAAAUUGAUGUAACGGUAAACAUAUUCAUGUUGAAACUUGGUUUUUCAGACAAACAUGCUGGACAUGAAUGUUAAGUGUGAGAAACUGGAGGCAUGGAGAACAUUUACCAACAUGAAUGUAGUAAUUCAUUGUUCUUUAUGAACAAAUUUGUUCAGUUUUAUAUGCAUCUGAAGGUCUAUAUACCAUUUUCUUUUAACAGCCGAUUAUGCAUUAUUUGCAGAACAAACAUUUAUACAUUUUUGAAGAAGGUGCAGUUUUACAGUUUACUGCUAUUUUUUCCACUGAGUGGUACAUACUUUUUAAAUGUAUUUUGUAAAGAGGCAUGUCUUUUUUCUUCUCAGGGUGGGGAACUUAACAUCAUAUAUUAUAAUACUUAGUGUAUUAAUCAUAUUUUGAUAAGAUAUUAUAUUGACUGUUAAUAUACAUAUACACUCAAGACAUUCCAUUUCUCAGUGUCACUGGUACAUGUAUAUAAUUCCAUGUGCAACCAGAUUUCGCAGACUGUGUACUAAAUAUUUUUGUUUGUGCCAUAUCAAAAUUUUAGUGCCUUAAUAACUGUAUAUUAAUUUUUUCCCAUAUUUCCCGGAUUUGGAUUGUCAGAGAUUUAUUCAUGUAUAGCACAUAACUGCAGGAAGUCCCAAAUUAUGGCCAAAUAUGAAAAAACUGAUACUUGGGGAAUAAAAAGCAAAAGA